AUGCAUGCCUCCCCGUCGAAACGCCGCCCGAUCAACACUCCCACGCCCAUGGCCGCCGCUGCUCAGCACAGUCGCACGCGCUCCGAUCGCGUCGGCGGUUCUGCUGCCGCGCCGGCUGCGGCCCCGGCCUCGCGACGACCGCUCUCGAUGCACGGCCGACCACCACCACCAUCACCAUCACCCGCAACAGCCUCGACCCCAACGACGCCGGCCGCCAAGGCAUCGGCUGCCGUAGCCCCCAGCCACCACCCAUCUCCGAUCCCCGCGUUCCUGACCAACCUGCGACUGCUCGACCUCGACCUGCGCCACGACUGGCCCGGCAUCACGCCCGCCACGUUUGCCGGCACGACGCCGCAGAACCACAAGCGACGCGUGCAGGCCGUCGAGUGGGCCCUCUACCGCCUCUUUGAGAUUUGGGACCCAGAGGAUACGGCAUCUAAACUCAAACCACACUUCCCCGCGGUCGACCAGCUGCAGUCCGUCAGUCUGCGCGCCGCGCUCCUCCGCGGCCUCGAAAACGCAAAGAAGAGUGGCGCGCUCGGCCGGGACGCCCUGAUUCGAAAGACGAUGCUCGACGACUGCAAGGGCGAGCGGCUCGAGGAGGUGCUGGCCGCCUUCUCCGCGACGGUGCUGCGCAGCACCCUAGCCGCUCGAGGACCGUACCGCCCGCUGGCCGUGAAGCUCGCCAUAGACGACGACGGCCAUGACGACGACGGUCACCUCUUGCGGCCGCUCGUCCUCGCGCACCGCGCGUCCCUGCGACGAUCCCUGGACAGGCGACGGGAGGCCGCGGCCAGGUACCGCGACUUUGGCGACCUGCUGGCCAUGAAGGAGCGGGGUCUUGCCCGCCGCGACGAGGUCCUCCGCGCGAGGCCGGCGCCCGCGGUGUCGCAGGACACCUGCCGGAGGGUGCGGCAGACGGUGAGGGACAACUGGUCCGGGAACGAGGCGUGGCUGGACGCGCUGCUCGCGGGCGACGCGAGGGGGCAGACGGGGGCGCUCCUGGGCGCGCCGUACGAUAGGGUGUGGCGAAGCGUGCAGCAGGGACGGCUCGCGGAGAUCGAGGACGACGCGCGCGGCGGCCUGCUCCGGCAGCUCGACGACCGCGUGGAGGCACAGCGGCAGCGCCUGGCACGGUGGGAUGAGUUGCGUCGGGACAUGGUAGGCGGCGGCAGCAGGAGAAACAAUCAGCAACCGGCCUCGUCGCCAUUGAAGCGGAGAGCGGCGGCGGUGGCGAAGCCGGCUCAGAAGGGCAUCGAUUUACGAUUCAACGCACAUGUCGACUUGCAUGUUGGCGCCGCUGGCGUGACGCGGCCGACCUACAGCGACGAGGAGCCACUUCACCAACACUACGCGACCAUCAUGGACGAGCUCGAUCAGGAACUCACGGACAUCAAGACUAGCAGUUUCGAGGACGCCGUGCAGCGGCUGAAUAACAUUCGCGCGCAGUAUGGCGGUGGCCGCGCGGACGUCUCGGCGCACCUCUCCAGUGAUCCCAUCUCCGAGCUCAGCGACCUCGAUGAGGACGAGGAUGUGCCCGACGACUAUGCGCCGUACCGCCAUCAUCCCCACCAGCACAGCGCGGCCAACGCAGUGCCGCCCCGACCGGUCAGCAUGUACGCGGCCGACCGCCGGACCGGCUACUCGGAAGAUGACGGCUACUCGUCCGCCUCCACGUCGCACGCCGGCACCCUCCGCGCCACCACCACCGACUGGGAUGCCUCCUCGGCCUCCUCGCCGCCCACCAGCGGGUUUUUCGACGACGCCCAGUCCCCGACCAAGUCUAAGCGGCACACGCUGUCCCUCGCGGAGCGCACGCGCAUGUCCAUGGCGCGCCGCUCGAUGCAGCGGCUGCGAGACGAGGAGCCCGAGCCGGAGCCGCUACCUGUGCGCACCAGGGCGCCACCGGAGGAUGAAGAGGAGGAGGAGGAAGCGGGGGGGCUCGAUUUGGUGAGCAGGACGCGCAUGAGCAUGGCGGGGUUCGAGAGAGCGCAGCAGAGGGCGAGGUCGGAUAGGCAGCGUGAGAUGCGCAGGGAGAUGAAGCGUGCGAGGGCGCUGCCGCCUCGUCGGGAGGGCAGCCAGUGGGAGGACUGA